UUUAUCAAUGCUAGGAGGUCUGUGCAGGGUAUAGUUAAAUAUUGUAAUUAAAUGGUCUCGCAGAAAGUGGGAUGAGCCAAGGACGUGUUUAAUGAGCGCCACCGUGAGCCUAUCACUAGCGUGCAUUUAUCAUCGGUCAGUCUAUUUAGUAUGGCUUCAAAAGCAGGCCUCUACACCUGUGAUGACCCUGUAGUCUGGAGAACUGUCCAUGAAAAGUACUGGGAUGUUGUCUUGCACCUGUCUAAAACAAAAGGAAAGCAGCCUGGGAAACUGUUAUCUCUUGACAAAUGGUACCAAGAGGAGCUUCCAAGUGCAAUUGCAGAGAGAAGUGUAAAGUUCCUUUGCCAUGAUGAGCUUAUGAAACUAAUGGAAUGGAAACUAACUAGAGGAAAAUUCCGCCCUAGGUUGCAGCAGUUAGUUGCAACUAACUGUCCGGAACUUGUGAUACAGUGCACCACAAAAGCAUUUGACCUUCUGCCAGAUGUACAGGCUGCUAUUACUGAGCUAUGCUCUCUGAAAGCACUGGGACCUGCAACAGCUUCAGCGGUUUUGGCAGCAGGGUCCCCUAAUCAAGUUGCAUUCAUGGCUGAUGAAGCCAUGGAGUGCAUUCCUGGACUGACACCGAUCCAGUAUACAGGGAAACAUUAUGCAUUGUAUCUCCAGAAAGUCACAGAGCUCACCCACAGACUCAAUAAAGCUGACAGCAAAAAGGAAUGGACUCCUCACAUGGUAGAACUGUGCCUAUGGGCUUGGACCGUGGCUGAGAAACUUCAUUUACCUUUAUUAGAAGGAUUCACUGCAGGAGGGAUUGAUGAACAAUGCAAGACGCAGAAACCCAAAAGGCAAAAAACAGAAUAAAUCUGUCUAAAGACUUGUAUACUAGAAGUACAUUUGAUACUACGGCCUGUAUUCUAUGUGAUGAUCCAACAUAUAUAAAAUAAUGUACUACUUUUCCUGUCCUAAUUAUUUUUUUAUCUUGAUUAAAGUAUUGUUAUCCAUUUGUCCUAACUUGGAAAAAAGCUGUCAUGGUCACUAAUUAAGUUUUAUAAUUGGUCCAUUUUUGCUUCUUGGGGUGUUUCAUUCGGGAACAAUUUGUCUUAAUUUUUUGGACCAAACCUUGACAAGAUAGCCAUUUGUAAAAGUUGGAUUAAUUUCAUUUUGUCAUCCAUUUUUCCAAGCUUUGUCUUUGUCCACUAACCUCUUGCUACAAUAUAGCUGAAGAGUCACUUUAGGUAAGGACUUGUUAUAUCUAAAAAGUAUUAAACUGAGACUUAAACAUG